AUGUGGGAUGGUCAACGUGCACUUCGUUAUGUACGUUACAAUGCUGCGCAAUUUAAAAUCAAUCCUGACCAUGUAGGUCUCUUUGGUUUUUCGGCUGGUGGUCACCUAGCAUCAACGGUUGCUCUCCAUUCUAAUCAAAAUUUUAAUCUAACAAAUCAAGAUGAUUUGGAUUCAACGAAUGCACGACCAAAUUUUCUUGGUCUCGGCUAUCCAGUUAUCUCCAUGGAUCCACAACAAUAUGCUUCAAACGCAUCAAGGAAACAUCUCUUAUUCGGAUAUACUGGAGAUGAACUAACAAGUCUAGAGAAUUAUCUCUCUGGACAGAAGCAUGUCACUAAAAAUACUCCACCUACUUUCAUAUUCGAGAGUGUCGAUGAUAAACAAAUCAGUUCACAAAAUAGUGUAUUAUUUAUUAAGGCUCUCGAAGAUGCUGGCAUUUCGUAUGAAGCUCAUAUGUUCGAACAAGGCAAGCAUGGUGCUGGACUCGCCGAGGAUGAACAAGCUGAAAGUCUUUGGCCAACGUUAUUUCACAAUUGGCUAAUCGAAAGAAAACUUAUUUCAUAA